AUGUUCGUUCCUUUACUUAUAUUCGUGUCGUUAACGGAUGUUUUCGGUUAUUAUUUAGCUGAUUUGACUAUACCUCAAAACCCUCACGAACAGUCGGAAGAUAUUUACGAAAAGUGUUUGUCAAUGAACAAAAUUGUCUACGAAGACAGUUGUUGGGACUUGUUGACUAAAGGACCGUGCGAUGAGGGACAGUGGUUGGUAUUGGACAGAGUGUCAGACAAAGUCCAACUGCUGGAGCCGCGCCCGUUGAGGGCCAAGUGCACGAGACGCCGAUGCAGCGAGUCGGACGUGUACUGGCCCAAGGACGGGUUUUGCCACGACGAGGAAUCUGCCCGGCGUGACCGGUUGUGCGCCAGCUCAGACACCGUUUUGGCCACCGACGAGUACGGCGAAGGGUACUGCAAGUGUCACGACGGUGGCAAAGUCCCUUACGUGCAGGUCGUCUCCGCCGACGACGACGACGGUAACCAAAGCUCGCAGCCUUGCUAUCCGGUAUAUUCUAAGGGUGCGUGUCCCAGGAAUCACGUGCUAACACCCCACGGGACUCGGUGA